AUGAAAAGAAGCCGCACUUUGGCUGUUGUCUUGACGCCUUGGUUACGAAAGUCGCCGGGGUCUAGGUUUAUGGAUGGAUUUAGUGAGCCAAAUACACCUCCGGUGCUGAUAAGAUUGGGACCCUGGUCGUUCGUCUCCGGUUUACCGGCCGAUAAGAUCUCUGAGAUUGACCAGCCAGCUGGGUUGGUUUGGCUAUUCCUUUCUAUUGAAAAGAAGGAGUCAGCGCUCACCAGACAGAAAGCCAGGUUCCAACUCUUCUUUUCCGUAAGGGCUUCCAUAACCUGA